AAACUAUAGGGCUGUGAGGAGAGGAGACAGAUCUCAACCUUGAAAAUGGCCGCUGUUGUUCUGUGAGCUAUUUUGACGUUUUCUGCUAAAAACAGAAAACUAUCAACUAACCGGCUGUUCAUCAACACAUUCAGUCUGGAUCCACUGCAGUCCCUCAUCAAGUUUUACAAGUGCCUCUCAUUUUCGAGAAAAAUGACGGAGUACAAAUUAGUGGUAGUCGGCGCUGGAGGCGUAGGCAAGAGUGCUCUAACCAUUCAACUGAUCCAAAACCACUUCGUUGACGAGUACGACCCAACUAUUGAGGAUUCUUACCGCAAGCAGGUUGUCAUUGAUGGUGAGACGUGUCUGCUAGAUAUCCUUGACACUGCUGGCCAAGAAGAAUACAGUGCCAUGCGGGAUCAGUAUAUGCGCACAGGAGAAGGCUUUUUACUAGUCUUUGCAGUUAACAGUGCCAAAUCUUUUGAAGACAUUGGCACUUAUAGGGAACAGAUUCAACGUGUGAAAGAUGCUGAAGAAGUGCCCAUGGUUCUUGUCGGCAACAAAUGUGAUUUACAGGCAUGGGCAGUUGACAUGGAACAAGCACGAACCAUAGCUAGUCAGUAUAACAUACCAUUUGUCGAAACAUCAGCCAAAACUCGUAUGGGAGUUGAUGAUGCUUUUUAUACUCUGGUGAGAGAAAUCAGGAAGGAUAAGGAGCAGCGAGGUAAAGAAAAACGCAAGAGAAUGAGAGGCGUUUCUCGGCGUAAGAAGUGUGUAAUUCUGUGAAGUGUUUUUUCUCAUUGUAUUUUUAAAUCCAUACUUAAGCAAUUUCCAAACUUUUACAUUUCCAACCUGGCAGUUUUUGUUGGGUUGCUCGUCAACAGGCAAGUAGUUUCAACUUCUAUCUUGCAUUUCAUGUUUUCUAAUCAUUUU